GAGAAAGGAAGUUGUUGGCUGCUGCCGGGAGACAACAGCACCAGGAAGCAAGCUUUCAGAGGAGUGUAGCGUGUUAAGAAAUAUAGCUACUUUGAUUUGGCAAAAAUGCCCAAUACUAGCUAUCGUCCCGAUUGCAUUACAACAAUCGCAUGUAUCUAAUUCAUUACUGCUAUUUGUCUGUCAUGGCAUUUUUUUAAUUUAAACUAGCCAUGUCAAUUUUCUCCCGGAAGUACAGCUUGUUUUUCUGUUGAAGAUGGUCUGCUGCUAACUUGCUAGCCUUGAUUUAUCUUGUUCAACAACUGAGCUAGUUUUAGGGAACCACAAAGGAUAACAGUUUUCUUUCUAGUUACAAGCGUAACUGUUUAUCUGUUAUGCUGAAUGAAGUGGUUGUCAUUGCAUGGGCAUAUUAGCUAUGCAAUAAGACUCUACAGCUUAACGUCAGUUUGUCCAUUGAUGUGCUAGCUACAUGUAGCUAGCUAAUUUUGAUACUUGGGGAGCGAUGGAAAGCCCAGGGAAUAAUCACUGUAAUCUUGUGGUUAGUUGAGUUCGAUACCGCACUGUCUUAGAACGUCACAACGUUGCUGUCAAAUACUUCAUUCGAUUGCCUUUUUUUACGUUUACCGAGCUUCCAGACACCAUGAGUGCCAAAUUUGGACUGAUUAAUUACAACAGCUCCCGGAAGCACAUUUCCAUCUCUGUGCCGUCUACGACAGAGAUCAUGUCCCCACAUAUCAAAUCUGUGGAGGAGCUGCGGGUUCUGGGCAUCAACCUCAGCAGCUUCAACACGCCCGCACAGUUCUUCAUCUGUGUGGCUGGGGUCUUUGUAUUUUAUCUCAUCUAUGGCUAUCUGCAGGAACUCAUAUUCUCAGUAGAGGGAUUUAAGCCCUUUGGAUGGUACCUUACAUUAGUACAGUUUGGGUUCUAUUCAAUGUUUGGACUGGUUGAACUGCAGCUCACGCAAGAUAAAAGAAGAAGAAUACCUGGGAAAACAUACAUGAUAAUUGCAUUUUUAACCGUGGGGACUAUGGGCCUAUCAAACACAUCUCUUGGAUACUUGAACUACCCCACACAAGUCAUUUUCAAGUGCUGUAAACUCAUUCCUGUAAUGAUAGGAGGGAUAUUUAUUCAAGGGAAGCGCUACAAUGUAGCUGAUGUAUCCGCUGCUCUCUGUAUGAGUUUGGGCCUUAUCUGGUUUACUUUGGCAGACAGUAAAGUUGCCCCCAACUUUAACGUAACAGGGGUGAUCCUCAUCUCUAUGGCCCUCUGUGCCGACGCUGCUAUUGGAAACGUGCAGGAGAAGGCCAUGAAGCUCCACAAUGGCUCCAACUCGGAGAUGGUUUUAUAUUCCUACUCUAUAGGAUUUCUGUACAUAUUGCUGGGUCUGUUCUGUGCGGGUGGCCUGGGACCAGCAGUGGCCUUUUGCUCUCAGCACCCAGUGAAGACCUAUGGUUACGCAUUCUUCUUCUCUCUCACGGGAUACUUUGGCAUUUCUUUUGUUCUUGCAUUGAUCAAACUCUUCGGAGCUCUUGUGGCAGUUACCGUGACAACAGGGAGAAAAGCUAUGACAAUCGUGCUGUCAUUUAUUUUCUUUUCAAAGCCUUUUACUUUUCAGUACAUUUGGGGUGGUCUGCUGGUGCUGUUUGGCAUAUUCCUCAAUGUUUACAGCAAAAACAAGGACAAAAUGAAACUGCCGUCCCUGGCCGACAUCCGGAGCCGUAUGGCGUCCAGGAAAAGGGGGAGACUGAUGUCUCAGGACGUGUAGACAGCUGUCGCUGGUGAUGGUGCCAAACUCUGUAGCUGAACUGGGACCCCUGAUUGGACGGGCUCUGAAGGGUGAGGUUGGGGAGCCCCACAGAAACAUUCCUGCUGAUGUAGAACCAGGAGCACCUGCUGGAGUCUCUAAAGGGAGUCCAUUUCCUGGCCCAGGAGCACAGCAUUGCACAGUACCAGUGACUUUAACGCUUGCCUGAAAUAAAGGGGACCAAGCAACCAUUUAAACAAGACACUAUUCUCCAUUGAUCAGGACUAUGGGAAAAUGGUAGUAAAAAUACUGGUGUGAAAAAUAUGUUUUGUCAUGUACAUGCCCCAAAUGGUUAAGUUUUACUCUUCAACUGCUGUCUUACUGUAGAUACAUGGCUUUAGUAAAAAAAAUUUUAUUUAUGUCCGAAUCAUGUAAAGAAAAUGCGAUUGCAAGAUCUAUAAGAGUACGGCAGUGCUCUUACCUGCAUCAGUGUGCCAUAAUUACGAUAGUCCAUGAACCGUUUGUUUUGGUGAAAGGGUUGCUGUUCUCUCUUUUUUUCUUUUUUUUUUUUUUUUUUUUUACCACAUUGGAGUCAGAAAGAGGGAAGUUAAUUCAAGGAGUUUGAUGUGUUUUCAUAAACGUCUUGUAAGCAGCUUACCAGCCGUUUCUUAUCCGUUGGCUGCAGAAAGAGGAGUUGAAUUCCUGCCAAGAAGCUUCUCAGAUGUUUACCCAUCAGAUGGCCCGGGGCUUGUUUGAUUAGUAAUCCUGGAAUAAGAUAGCACUAGAAAGAAAACAAACACUGUUCAAAGGGCUUGGCUUUCGACCUAAUUUAGAGCGCCGGUACGUUACGUGGGCGCGUGAUGUCGGGGGACAUCCGGCCGAUGGCGGAAGAGUCGGAGCGGGACCCUCCAGGCGUUAUUACUGCGUGUCUCGGACAACACCCUCCGCCGUUUUGCGAAGCGCACAGGGGGGCCUUGUCAGUCAGCCGAAAAUCGGGAGGGGAACAGGAAGCGACCAAACAUGAUUGUAAUAGUGAUUAUUUUGGGAACAAUGGACCAGACAGCUUUGGAAACUGUUGAACAGUAUGCGGAAUAAGACUGAAUGUAUGUCACUUAAAAAAAAAAAAAAAAACAA